AUGCGUCGCCCAGAGUGCGGACACCCCCCGGUUGAGCAUCAUUGCCACCCCGAGGAAACUGGAUGCCCUAAAUGUCCAUUCCUUGUCGAAAAGUGGUGCGCUUGCGGAAAGGAAAAGCUACACAGUCAGCCCUGCCACAUCCAGGAAGCACGAUGCGGAAAGCCUUGUGGAAAGAAGUUGAAAUGUGGCCUGCACUUCUGUAAGAAAUUGUGCCAUCGGGCUGGAGACUGUGAGGACGCUGCGCUGGAGAGCGGGCAGUGCGGCCAAACCUGUGGCAAGGUCAAAAUGUUUUGUGAGCACCGUUGCCAGAACAGUUGCCAUGGCCAGACACCAUGCAAUGAGUCGGCAGCAUGCUCAGGCAAGACGGAGAUCGCAUGUCCUUGCGGCAUCCGCAAACAGGAAGUCCGGUGCCUUGCCAGCAGCACCAAUACCGAGCCCGCGAGGCCCGAGCUCAAGUGCGACGACGAGUGCCUGCGACAGGAACGCAACAGACGUCUUGCCGCUGCGCUCAAUAUUGACCCGGCUACGCAUACCAACGACCACAUCCCCUAUUCUGAGGAGACCCUCGCUCUGUUCGAGGAGACGCCGACCUGGUGCGAGACGCAGGAGCGCGAGUUCCGCGUCUUCUCGCAAAGCCCGACCGAGAUUCGGAUCCGCUACAAGCCCAUGCCCAACAACCAGCGCCGCUUCCUGCACGUCCUGGCCGAAGAUUAUGGCCUGGAGAGCCGCAGCGAGGACAACGAGCCUUUCCGCUACGUGCUAGUGUACAAGGGCCCUCGAUUCGUUUCGGCACCCGGCAAGACUAUUGCGCAUUGCGUCAAGAUCCGUGCUACGCAACAGGCUGCAGCGGCAGCGGCUGCAGUCGAAGCCGCUGCCGCCGCUAAGCCGCAGAUGCUCAGCGAGACGGAGCCUCUUAACGCCUUCCUGCUCACAUCGCCGCGCUUCGGCCUAACGACGGACGAGGUGGGCGUUGCACUGGCAGCCGAUCUCUCCGAGCAGCCAUCACUGCACUUCAAGAUUGAGUACCUGCCAUCCGAUGAGGUUCUUCUGCGUGCCACGGUGCGGUACUCGUCACUACUAUCGGCCACCGGCAUCGAGACGGCCAUGCGUGCGCUCCAGAAGGGCGUCGCGGCGCGCGUUCGUGGCCUCGACAUGGCCGGCCACGUCUCCUUGUGCCAUGUCGACGCGGCUGAUGUCAUCACACGCCGCGAGGACUCAGCUGCGCCCCAGAACGGCGUCGGAGGCUGGAGCGCCGUCGCCGGCCGCGCGGCCGCCAGGAAAGAAUCAUCUGCAACGCCGGAUGCCUCGCCAGCCAGGGUCGGGGGACGCCGCCUACUGGGUCUACGGAAGAAAAGGGUCGACCAGCCGGCUGAGCGGCCGUGGGCAUCGCAGCUCGACGGCGACGUCGAGUGCUAG